AUGGGACAUGGUGCGAAUGAGGAAGAGGGUGACUCUCACGCCAGGCCACUCCGCGAAUGUCUUUUGACCGAUGAAGAGCAGGUAGUCUCCUGCGGCGCUGACGGCAACAUCAUCGUGACGCACGUGCCGAGAGCGGGCCGUGGUUCUCGAGCAAAGGUGCGUCACCUGUUCACGUGUCACAACGACAUUGUAAACAGGAUCGUCAUCGAUCCCAACGGCUCCAACGUAUACUUCACCUGUGGAGGUAACGUCAUGACAUGA